AUGUCCCACUCGCAUACCCAUGCCCCCGGCGAGGAGCACUCCCACUCACAUGGCCCCCAGCAGCCCCAGCCCCAGCCCCAGAUGCCCCAGCCAGACCCCGCCAUGCAAGCCCUCAUCGACCAGGACUAUAUUCCUUCCCCACUCACCCUCUCCGCAGACAACGCCAACGCUCUUUGCAGUGCCCACAAGCUCGAAAAGUGUGAUGACUGCAAUGUCGACUUUAUCAAUGUGAACCGUCUUUCGCGGCUGCUCGUCGCCAACCCCAACCUGCUCUGCCCGCCACCCAGCAAUAUCGUCUCGCAGAAGCUCACACAGAUGGUCGUGUCGACCAAGGAUGAGGGAAAUGUUCUGUUCAAAGCUGGCAACGCCCUCCAGGCAGUCGCUAAAUAUACCACCGCCGCGUCGCUUGCCGUCCAGCGUCCGCCUUGGGAGGACAACCGAUUUAUGCGGGAAGAACUCUCCACCGCCAUCUCUAAUCGCUCGGCGGCUUACUUUGAUCUCCACGACUACAUCUCCGCUCUCGCCGACGCAGAGACUGUUAUUUCUAUCCGACGCAAUUGGAGCAAGGGUCAUUUCCGAAAAGCAAAAGCUCUGCUGGGCCUUGGUCGCUACCGCGAAGCUGCCGAUGCGGUCCGUCUAGGAUUAGAUUUUGAGCCAACAAGCAAUGAACUACUCUCUUUUCUGGCCGACAUUGAGCGCGUCGAAAAGAGAAUGGAUGAAAAGAAGUUAGAGGCCAGACAAGCAAAAACCGAGCCUCUACCAACGCUGCUGAAACGAAGCGCCCUCAAAGAUGCGUCUAAAAAUAGAAUGGCUUGGACAAUAGGGGAGGUCAGAGUGGACGAUUCGGAGGCGAUUCGCGAACGAUUCAGGUCAGGAUUCAAGACCGAUUCUGACGCAGAAAUUUGCUUCCGAAGCGCGAUUCACUCUGACCCCCCCAUUUCAAAACUUCGAUUCACCUUCGAUUCAGUAGGCGAUUCACGGUAG